CUAGAAGUGAAGAGUUAUCUUCAGAAUUUCCAAGACCGACACGUCAGUCAGUCGGAGAAUACACACCAGUCCAGUGAAAAGUGGUGAAGUUUUAAAAUUGGAGUGAAAGUUGUAGUUUUAAUUAAUCUCGUGUGUGUGUUAGGUUAUGUUGUAAUUGUGUUGAGCUGUUUUCUAAGAAUAUAAAAUGAACACAUUCCUGUCGUUAGUAUUAUCCCUCGCCAUUCUCCAAACAUGCUUCGCCCCUCCCGUAACCCAGAACAAAGAAAAAGACAAAGCCGAAGAAAACGACGAAGUCGGCGGCCUAGAGGACUACAUGGAGUACCACAGGUACCUACGCGAGGUCGUCAACGCCCUCGAAUCGGACCCCCAAUUUAGACAAAAGCUAGAAAAAGCCGAAGAGCAUGACAUCCGGUCGGGGAAAAUAGCCGAAGAACUAGAAUUCGUGUCGCACCACGUGCGCAGUCGCUUAGACGAGAUCAAACGAGUCGAGCUCCAAAGACUCAAAGAACUAACCGAGAAGAAGCGGAGACUGCAGCAGAACAUAGUCCUGGAUGACCCCAGCCACCACCACUUGGACCACUCCAACCCACACACCUUCGAAAUCGACGAUUUGAAGAAACUGAUUGCCAAGACGACGGCUGACUUGGUGGAGGCCGAUAAGAAGAGGAGGGAGGAGUUCAAGCAGUAUGAGAUGCAGAAGGAGUUCGAGAAGCAGGUGAAGUUGAACCACACGAACGGGGAAGAUCGGGAUAAGCUAGAAAAAGAAUUCAAAUUGUUACAGGAGCGCGAGGAAAAGCAUAAAAAGCACGAAAAAUUGCACGAGCCGGGUCACAAAGCUCAGUUGGAGGAAGUCUGGCAGGAACAGGACCAAAUGCAGCAGGAAUUCGACCCGAAGACAUUUUUCAUGCUUCAUGAUAUAGAUUCCAACGGGCUUUGGGAUCAGGACGAAGUGAAAGCUUUAUUUAUUAAGGAGUUGGAGAAGAUGUACGCUGCGGGAGAGCCGGAGGACGACAUGAGGGAGCGCGCUGAAGAAAUGGAACGAAUGAGGGAGAGCGUGUUCAAGGAGGUUGACGUGAAUCGGGACGGGUUUAUUGACUAUGAAGAGUUCUUAGCGCAGACUAAGAGGAACGACUUCCAGCAGGACCACGGUUGGCAGGGUUUGGACGAACGGAAACCAUACACGGACGAAGAACUGGAAGAAUAUAUAAGAAUGCAUCAGGCAGCUAACCAAAUUCCGCACGGGUAUCCCCCACCAAUGUACCAGCAGGUACCACCCGGACAUCACCCUAACGUGGUUCCGGUACAUCCAAAUGGUGUCCCGAUGCAUCCUAACGCGGUACCUCCAGGUGCAGUACCGCAGCAGUUCCACCCUGGACAGUUACCUCCGCAGCAUCCGCAACAGCUUCAGGGGCAACUGAACACGAAUGAGGUUUAUCCGCAACAUAAGCAAGUCCCUCAGGCUCCGCCACAGUACCAACAAGUACCACAACAGCAGAAUUAUCAACAGGUGCCGCAACAGAAUUAUCAACAAGUGCCACAACAGCGCAAUUAUCAGCAAGCAGUACCCCAACAACAAAAUUAUCAAAAUCAACAAGUACCACAACAGAAUUAUCAACAGCAGCAGCAGCCACAGGUGAAUUAUCAACAACCACCUCAAGCUCCAAAUCAGCAACAACAACCACAACAACAACAACAACAACAACAACAACAACAGCAACCAGUUCAAGGGAAUCCACAACAGGCUGCACCCGUUGUACCAAAUAGUCCAAAUUUAAAUAAGCCAGAAUCUCCAGAAACCAAUAAAGUUUAGUUGUUUUUACCAUUUGAUGUGAUUUUUAAAUAUUUAUUUGUUAAGUUGUAUUGCGAAAUGCAUUUACGUUAAGAAUAGGUUGUCAGUCCGUUUUUAUACCCAAAGUAGACUAACACUAUUUUACAUGUAAUAAAACAUCGUGAAAUCCGUACAAAUUUAUCCUUAAAUUGAAAAAAAGUUUAUGUUCUCGUGUUACAUAAGUUGUAAAACAACCCCGGUGGUCGGUCAGCUUACAUUAAAAACUUAAUUUUGCAGACUUGAUUUAUUAAAUUAUGAACAAGCUAA